GUGUGAACCGUGGUUCUCUCUCACCCCCCUGAAAGGAUACCUGCUCGUCUGACAGCAUACAAGUACACAACCUGCAAAGUUCGUCUGUCUAUCCCCGAAGGGAAAGGCACGAGUUUCUGUUGCAACCCCAACCCACCGGAAGGAUGUGCAGCCGUUGGACCCCUUCGAUCUUCGGGAAGUCUUUUUCCUGGUCUUUGUUUGUGGUCGCUGUCAAUGUUGAUCCCUCGGCAUUGCCGAUUUAUGAAACCUGGAGCAUGAAACUUGAUGGGAGCGUUUAUAGAACCAUAAACUCUAUUUUGAGAGAGAGCUACUGCAUGGUGUUGUUGUGUCAUACCUCCGCUGCCGAUGAGAUUCGGUCUGUGUGGUUGUGUUGGAUGGGAGCUAACGUCGGUUUAGUUGCUGCACUCUUGUUGCCGCGCGAUCACUGUGACGAGCCCAACCUGUCGGUACUUUGCAUAGACCGCUUUCUCACAAAGAAUAUCUUGGAUAGUCACAUGGCUUGUUUUGCAUGUCUCAUGUCAGCCCUAUAAUCACGCUGUGGAGUAUCUCGGACUCGGGGUCUACAAGCUUGGGACUGAAAGACCACAAUCUGUGGCUUUUUAUCAAGGAAAAGAAGUGACGCUAUUCUAUAUCAUGUCAUUGCAUGCGACGGUAUCUAGGAUGAUUCAGGUACUUGCAGUAGUAGUGCUCUCAAUGCAUGUCACUCCCCUCAACCCUUCGAUCAUCAUGUACAUCUGCAGUCAUCACCUAG